UAACUCUUUUCUUUUUGUGGCAAAAAAUUUGAGACCCCCAUUUUCAAUUCUCUUUGGUCUCUGGACUCUCUACACUGUAGCUUUCACUUGAAAUUCUGGCGAAACCCUCCGCAAGAACUCCUACAAAUUUUACGCUCUCUCUUUCCAAUGGCGUCACUCGUGCCACCGCCAGGGCGCUCUGAGGUUCUCUCACUCUUCCGCUCCCUCCUCCGCACAUCCCGCAAGUUCGCCGACUACAACAUCAGGGAGUACGCCAAGCGUCGGACCAUCGACGCCUUUCGUCACAACAAAGACCUAUCCGACCCAACAGUAAUUGCCGCCGCCUACUCCGAUGGGAAGACCCAGUUGGAGGUCGCCACCAGGCAGGCCGUCGUGUACUCGCUCUACGCGCCCAAGGUCAAGAGCGUCAUGGAGAUUGUGUAAGCAUUGAUACAGUUUUGGAAUGGUACUUCAAGCUUUUAUUUGUUUAGCUGGUUUAUUGUCUGAACUGGGCUUGGUACCCAAUGUUAUAGAGAUUGAGUACUGACCCAAUUUUUGUUGGGAUCUCUGUAGCUCUUGUUUUGAUGUUAAUUGCUAUGCUUUGUUGGGUUGGUUUCUUAUCUGAAGUGGGUCGUAAACCGAGAACUUGUCAUGAUUAUGAGGAUUUUCUUACUUCUGAGAUACUUCAGGGAAAUGUCCAAUUUUGGAUGCUA